GAGAUAAGCAAGGCAAAGGCAUGGAGAGAACCCAGCCCUCUGAGCUCCCUACACAGCCCCAGUUGUCAAUGCACGUUGGAGCUGCAGGGUGAGACUGUUAGCUAACAAGGACAAUGGUCUCACAGAUGCUGCCUAAGUGAAAGCCACAGAUUUGUGGCUUUUCUAUUUCCUUGCCCUAGCCCUUCUCUAGCCUGAGUCACAAUGUCAGGAGCCUCCAAGGAAAGUCUGGGCUCCCGAGGUCUGCCAGUGUUGGGCAAGGCCUGCCUCACUGCCAUGGACAACAAGCUUAACGUGCUGAAUGAGAAGGUCGACAAGCUCUUGAAUUUCCAGGAAGAUGUCACAGAGAAACUGCACUGUGUGUGCCGGGGCAUGGGCCACCUGGAGCAAGGCCUGCAGCGACUGGAGGCCUCUCAAGGGCUGGACCUGGCGGGAGCUGACUGUGCUUCUCCAGCUGAUGCUCAGGCUGGGUGGCCUGAGGUCCUGGAGUUGGUGAGGGCUGUGCAGCAGGAUGGUGUCCAGCAUAGUGCCAGGCUUGAAGCCCUCUUCAGUAUGGUGGUGGCUCUGGACAGGGCCAUUGCUCUGGUGGGUGCUGCGUUCCAGAACUCGAAGUUGGUGGAUUUCAUCAUGCAAGGGAGGAAAGGCAGCCUGGCUGAUGGCCCUGAGGAGAACAAAGAGCCAGUGGAAGAGAAGGAAGCAAAACCAAAGCAUGGGCUGAGCACCAGGGGAGUGCAAGCUGCCAUCAGGGGGCAUUGGGAAGAGACCCAAAGGGUGAAUCAGCCAGAUGGGACAGUGGAGAGGCUGCUCCCCAUCAGGGCAUCAGGGACAGGAGCUGACCUUCUCUCCCAGGUGAGGAUCUCAUCAGGGCACGAAGAUGGAGUUCCUAGCCCAGGACCGAUGUCCCCUGGUGACCUGCUGCUGCCCACAGAAGCCUGUGCCACAGCUCUGGAAACAUCCAGUGAGAACCCUGGGAAUUGCCUGGAAUCAUCUGCAGCACCUGACAGGGUUGGUGAGGCUCCCACUAGCCAGGAGGUGGUAUCUGGUGCAAGACAAGGAGCAUCAUCCAGCAGGCCUGACACUCAGCUUUCAGAGGAGGGCAUGAGGUUGAUGUCAGGGCCCAUCCCUCUGUCUGCAGUACCUCUGACCAGGAUGGCUCACAGUGGUGGAGAAGUGCCUUGCAGGAUCUCCAUUCAUGUGCACCAAAUGGAUACUCCUGGGGAGUUGCUUGUGACACGAGGGGGCAACCUUACACCCACUCUCCCUGCAGAGGCUCCAACAGCUGCCCAUCCAGGUGAGCAGGACCUUCCCGGGCCUGGGUGCUGCUCCCAAGCCACUGGAACUGGGUCAGAAGAGCAGACUUCCCAAGGAGCCAGAGAGAUUCCCCUGUUGCCGAGGAGGAGCAGCCACCCAGCAGAUGAAGAGAAGCAAUGGUGUGAGGCUGAGCCGAUCAUAGGACUAAGUAUGACCAGGGACAAAGGAGCUACUGCUGCUGAAGGUGUGGGGAUACAGCAAGAAAAAGGCCCAGGAGCAGGACACCUGGAUCCUGGGAAAGACUGUGAAGCUGGAGGCUCGGGGAGAGUGGAAGCAGGAGGGAGGUCGCUCUCAGGUGCUGAGGCUGGCAGCAUGGUUCUGGAUGACAGCCCAGCCCCUGCAGCCCCUUUUGAACACCGGGUAGUGAAUGUCAAGGAGACAGCAAUCUCAGCAGGUUACACAGUGUGCCAGCAUGAAGUCUUGGGAGGGGGGCGCUUUGGCCAGGUCCACAAGUGCACAGAGAAGUCCACAGGCCUCCCACUGGCUGCCAAGGUCAUCAAAGUGAAGAGUGUCAAAGACAGGGAGGAUGUGAAGAACGAGAUCAACAUCAUGAACCAGCUUAGCCAUGUGAACCUGAUCCAGCUCUACGAUGCCUUUGAGAGCAAGAACAGCUUUACCCUCAUCAUGGAGUAUGUGGAUGGGGGUGAACUCUUCGACCGGAUCACAGAUGAAAAGAACCACCUGACUGAACUGGAUGUGGUCUUGUUUACCAGGCAGGUCUGUGAGGGUGUGCAUUACCUCCACCAGCACUACAUCCUACACCUAGACCUCAAGCCAGAGAACAUACUGUGUGUCAGUCAGACAGGACACCAAAUUAAAAUCAUUGAUUUCGGGCUGGCCAGAAGGUACAAGCCUCGGGAAAAGCUGAAGGUGAACUUUGGUACUCCUGAGUUUCUAGCCCCAGAAGUCGUCAACUAUGAGUUUGUUUCCUUCCCUACUGACAUGUGGAGUGUGGGAGUCAUCACCUACAUGCUACUUAGUGGUUUGUCCCCAUUUCUAGGGGAAACAGAUGCAGAGACCAUGAAUUUCAUUGUGAAUUGUAGCUGGGACUUUGACGCUGACACCUUUGAAGGACUGUCAGAAGAGGCCAAGGACUUUGUUUCCCGGCUACUGGUCAAAGAGAAGAGCUGCAGAAUGAGUGCCACACAGUGCCUGAAACAUGAGUGGUUGAAUAAUUUGCCUGCCAAAGCCUCAAAAUCCAAAGUUCAUCUCAAAUCUCAAGUAUUGCUUCAGAAAUACAUGGCCCAGAGAAAAUGGAAGAAACAUUUCUACGUGGUGACUGCUGCCAAUAGGUUAAGGAAAUUUCCAACCACUUAAUAUUCAACUCUACUGCUUCAAAAGGCCCAGAAAUUAUUGAGGUCUUUGUUGAUUUGAAGAGAUGAUUCAAGACUUUAAAUAACCUGGCAUUUUACUAUUAUUGAUUCUUCUAAUUUUGUAACAACAAAAAAAAGUUGACUGUUGCUUUCUUUAUGGCUGUAAAGAAAGCAUCUUAGAAACUUUUUUUUCCUGUAAGAUCACUAAGUUUGAAAUGCUGUGUUUACUUUUCAAGUAUUAAAAUGUAGGUAUAUUUAGGUAAGUAGAAAAGGCCCUACUUUGCACAUGUCAAAUUUAAAUUUGAAACUUGGCUUUUAUGCAAGGGCAUGUUACUCAGAAUUGCCUCUUCCAGUGCAAAUAUUCCAAUACAAAGAAUUCCUAGCAUUUUGACUUGCUUAGGUUUGAGCAAAUCUUGUAUUAACCUAAUCUAGUGUCAUGCGGUAUGGAUUUAGGACAGUGAUCUCCAAACUUGUUUAAACUUAUGUUCUCUUUUAAGAAUCAAGACCAACAUGCAUCUUUUAGUUUUGUGUAAAAUUUCGAAGUAUAUUAAUCAUGACUAAAUCUGAAAAUUUUUACUUGAUUUUAGCCAAAAGGCCAAGAAGCAAUUAAAUCUGAAAAAUUUGAAUAUUUUUAAAUUCUAUACCCACCUUCACUCUCUCUCUUACUUCUUAGUUAUGAACUUCUGGUCUUGUAAGUCUGAAAACUGAUAUGCAGUAUAUGAAGUGAACCUGCCUGGCAAGCGGCAAGGUCCUGUGUUUGAUCCCUGGUAUGGGGAAAAAUAUGUAUCUUUCUCUCUCUAAAUAUAUAGAUAUAUAUAUGAAGUGAAAUAAGAAUGUAAUGAUGUUAAACUUUCUGGGAGGAAAACAGAAAUAAUAUAGUAUGAAGCAAUAAAGAAGUGCUUUUCUACUGCUUUAUUAAGGAUAUACUACUUUUGAUGUCAUUUUAAAAUAUGUGCUUCUUAUAUACUGGUGCAUUUACUCCAUGCAUUGAAAUAGUCACAUCAUCCAUUCACUGAAACAACUCUUUUCUCAAUAUGGUGAGCAACGCUGGGCUGGGGAUUUAGCUCAGUGCUGCCUGCCUCGCAAGCGCAAGGUCCCAAGUUCGAUCCCUGGUACCAAAAAAAGAGAAAAAUAUGGUGAGCAACUAAAACAUUUACAAACUCUACAUGUGUACAUUUCAGCACUCUCUGUUUUUUGUUUUUGUUUUGUUCUCUUUGAGAAAGGGUCUUACUACAUAUUUCAGGCUGGCCUUGAACUCACUAUGUAGCCCAGGCAGGCCUUGAACUUUUGGCAAAACUCCUGCCAUCAUGCCUGGCUCAUUUCAGCACUUUAUCCCUUAAUUAAAGGGAAUACUUUAUUAUUAUUAUUUUUAUUUUUAUUUUUUGGUUCCAGGGAUUGAACUCAGGACCUUCCACUUUUGAGGCAGGUGCCGGAACCACUGAGCUAAAUCCCUGGCCCGGAAAUACUUUAUUAUUCAAAAGCUAACACUUUUUAAAAUUUCUUCACUUCUGCUUGAUGUUUGUUUUUUUUUUUGAGACGGGCUCUCACUGUUGUUCAAGCUGGCCUUGAACUCACUAUGUAGCUCAGGCUGGCCUUGAACUCAUAGUGAUUCUCCUGCCUCAGCCUCCCAAGUGCUGUGAUUAUAGGCAUGUGCUAGCACACCCAGCUCACUUCUGCCUGAUUUCUAUGGUACAGUAUUUCCAUUACCUGCUUCAAAAAGCUGUUUUAAUUGGUGUAGUGACUUAGUUUUUAAUUAGACAUCCAACAGUUCCACAGCCUUUCAGGAUUUUUUUCCUCCACCAGAAUAAAGACUGUCUUGGAUUGUAACCUUGUCAGGGAGCUAAGAUUGUGAGUAUUAGCAUGUGUAGGCCUGCUUCAAAUUGACCAGCUAAUGAACAAACAUCCCAAGAGAUGGCUGCUGGAAACCACCUUUAGUGAGACAAUAACAGUGGUUUGGUUUUACUUCUUAAGUGUCAGUUAUCUUUACGAAAAAAUGCUUUAUAAAAAAAUGGCACUGAGAAUUGAACCCAUGGCCUGUGCGCACAUCCCUAGCCUUUCUAAAAUUUUGAGACAGAGUCUUGCUAGGUUGCUAAAUUGACCCAGCUGGGCUCAAACUUGGGACCCUCCUGCCCAGCGUCCUACAGGUAUACACCGCCACACCCAGCUAUGGGAAAUGUUGAGGGCAGCUAGGGAGGUUAUUUUGCAGUUCUAUCUAGUGUGGUAGUUCUUAUUCUAUUUGGGACUUGAAGUCCUUGUGGAAUGCUAUAAUCUUCCCCCCAAGAAAAAUGUACAAUUACCGUGGUCUAGAGCAGCACUGUUCAGAGAAAUAUCAACCAUAUUCAUAAUUUAAAAUUUUCUAGUAGCUCCUUUGAAAAUAUUCACUGAAAUUAAUUUAAAUGUGUAAUCCAAUAUAUGAAAAACAUUUCAAUAUGUAAUCAACAUAAAAUUAUGGAGAUAUUUUUUCAUGCUAAUGCUCUAUAACCUGGUAUGUAAUGUACACUUACAACAUGUUAAUUUAGAUGCUAGGUUUUCAUUGGAAAUAAUUUGUAUUUACAUUUCAUAAAAUUUACUGUGGAAAAAAUAUAUGUACUCAAGUGGCUUGAAACAUUCUUAAGUUUCCCAAUAAUUUAAUGAAGUAUCUAUUUUUACAUUUAAUUAAAAUAAAGUUAGAAAUUCA